AUGGGCGGGCGUGGAGCUGAUCCGGGGGCGGCGAGGACGGUGGUCGCCGUGGUGGGGAUCGUGGUCGCCGCGGCGGCGGUCCUUUCCCCGGCAGCGGCUGGGGGCUUAGGCAAGGAAGCGGCGGCGCUGGUGGCGAUCAGGGCGGCGCUGCAUGAUCCGGGCCAAGUUCUCCGCGGCUGGGACCCGAAGUCCGGCGACCCGUGCCACUGGAACAUGGUCACCUGCUACGGAGGCCACGUUCAAGAGCUGUCCAUGACGCAGCAGAACCUCUCCGGCACACUGUCGCCAGCGAUCGGGAGGCUCAGAUCUCUGACAUAUCUGUCUUUGCGCCAAAAUGCUAUUUCUGGCCCGAUCCCUGAGACCAUAGGAAGGAUGAAGCUGCUGCAAGUACUUGACCUGUCAAGCAAUCAGUUCAGUGGAAGCAUCCCGAGUACACUGAGUAAUCUGGAGAAUCUCCAGCACCUGAAAUUAAACAAUAACAGCUUAUCUGGACCCGUGCCUGAUUCACUAGCCACUGCUCGCAUGAUCUUCACCCUGGAUAUUUCCUUCAACAACCUGAGUGGUCCACGACCAACUUUUCUCGCGUCGAAUGUCGUGAGGAGCAUGAUGAUGGUAUGGAGGAAGUGGGCCAAGGGAAGUGGUAAGGUGAUGAGAAUGGUGUCAAGAGCCAUGAGGGCUAAACCUGGCCGAGAAGUUUCUCUUGGGCAUCUAAAGCAUUACAAAUUUAAGGAGAUGAGAAAUGCUACCAAUAACUUCAGCCCAAGAAAUAUUUUGGGAGAGGGGGGAUAUGGAAUAGUCUACAAGGGUGAUUUGCCUGAUGGCACACCUGUUGCUGUUAAAAGACUGAAGAAUCCCGAUUCAGUUGUUGGGGAUGAUCAAUUCCACACAGAAGUUGAAGUGAUAAGCUUGGCAGUUCAUCGUAAUCUCCUUCAUCUUAUUGGCUUCUGCAUUGCAAAUAACGAAAGGCUCCUUGUGUAUCCUUACAUGCCAAAUGGAACUGUUGCUUCUAAAUUAAAAGAAUGUGUUAAUGGGGAACCAACCUUAGAUUGGCCAAGGAGAAUGAGGAUAGCACUUGGUGCGUCACGGGGACUGCUCUAUUUGCAUGAGCAAUGUGAUCCUAAGAUAAUCCAUCGUGAUAUAAAAGCCUCCAAUGUUCUCCUUGAUGAAUAUCUUGAAGCAAUUGUUGCGGAUUUUGGAUUGGCAAAACUUGUAGAUCAUGGGAUAUCUCAUGUUGUCACAACAGUGCGUGGAACAGUUGGACGUAUACCACCAGAAUAUUUCAUGUCUGGCCACGCUUCGGAGAAGACUGAUGUCUUUUGCUUUGGACUCUUGUUGAUCGAGUUAGUCACUGGUCGAGAAACGCUGGAGCUUCGUCAAAAUGAAUAUCAGAAAGGAGGAAUUCUUGAAUGGGCCAGGGACCUUCUUGAACAAAAUCAGCUAAGCUCAUUUGCAGAUAAGAAACUGAGAAACAGCUAUGAUACUGUUGAAUUGGUGAAGAUGAUUCAAAUUGCACUGCUCUGCACAAUGUACAGCCCUAAACACCGCCCCAGGAUGUCUGAAGUUGUUACCAUGCUGGAAGAGGGAGAUGGGGUUGCAGAGAAAUGGGAGGCCAUGAAAAAUGUCGAGGAAGCGGACCCCGACGAGUCUGCGUACCGGGCUAUAAAUUAUGAUGAAGACCAAUCCACUUCAAUCGAGUUGCAAGCCGUCGAGCUCUCAGGGCCAAGGUGA